AUGAAGUUCCUAUAUUCUGCUUCCCUGAUGAGCCUAUUUACCUUGGCCUUAUCAAAAUGCAACUACUUGUGCCCGAGCACUAUCAAAAUUGCCGAGGAGGCUGUACAAGCCGCAGCCGAAAAGGUCGACCGGAACCCCAAGAAAAAGCACGACACGACAUGGAAGACCGAAAACACUCUUCACAUCACUUUUGAUCUUGAGAACAAGAUAAUUGAUGGCACCGAGUAUUCAAUUUCAGCUCGAAUUUUUACACCAGACAAUACAAUACGGGUAUUUGAGACUGAAACUAAGACCGGGAAACAAAGUUACUGUGACAAGGUCGUAGUCAACGGAGAAGACGAGCUUACUUAUGAUGAAUCCUUCGAGGCGGAACUUUCCGAUGCUGAAUCUGAAGACGAAUCUUAA